AUGUCCAUCUUAAUGCCCACCAUGCAUUCUAUGUCCCAAUUUGAUCCGUUCAAUGCGCAAGCCUAUCCUACCACACUGUUCGACGCGCAAGAGCACUAUUUCCCGCAUGCUGCCUACUCUCCCACUGGCUAUGCGACGACGCACCAAUUCCCCGUGGACCCAAGGUGGUUUGGACCAUCACUCUCUGGCCACGCAAGCGGAGCACCGCUUCAACUCUCCUCCCUGUCGCUUUCGGAUAUCAGCCCCCCGCACUCCCAAACUGACGUGCUCGCUCUGAGCCCGUCCUCUACGAUCGCUCCCAUUCCUCUUUCUGGCUCACGCAACCGUUCUCGGUCCAUGUCCAACCGCCCACGCUCCUUCAAUCCGGCUACGAGACUCCAACGACAAACCAUCACGCCCGCCACUCGCGCAGGCCCGACAAUGACCAAUCAUCACCAUCAACGUAUUGCAAGACGGUCUACUGUAUCCUCCUCGCCGUCUGCGGCCCAUCUUCAGUCGCCGUCCGCACUGGCUCCCCCGCCACCAUACGCACCGUCACCUACCGUGGAGUCGCCCGAGGACGGCCACGAAACGCGUGCCACCAAGCGUCGACGCACCAACGACCACGACUCAUCUCACCUGCAGACGUUUACUGUCGUCCCAGAACCGCCACUGCUUCUGACUCAAGUCCAACCGCCGCACCUGGCGCAACUCCAGGCACAUAGCUUCUCGCCCGCACCAACUUGGGCCGGCCCUUCAAACGCGGACCACAUUUCCCACAGUGUCGGACACGACCAGCAUGCGUUUGCUCAAUGGCCCGUCGUCCAAAUGGCCUAUUAUCACACAGACGCCAGCGACCAGCGGCUUGUAGAGCAUCACCACUCUAUGGGGCAGAGCAGCGCUCCCCCGACGGCCAUGAUGGCGUAUGCCAGUCCGACAUCUGCGACUGCCUCGGAAUUCUUUGUGCCCCAACGCUCGCCAGAACUCGAGACCCCCACCACGGCCAUCUCGACUACACACGGACUCGUCCGCAAAUUUGAGCGCGAGUCGCCUAGGCUCGAGGAAGACUCUCCUGCUGUCCCAGUCGAACAUGGUCCCACUGAGUUUCCUCCUCGGCCAUAUCCAGGAGGUGCAGAAGCCAAGUCUCCAUGGACCUAUGUCAAGCCUGUCGGCAAGAUCUACGGAAGUCGUCUCGAACAGAUGCCAGCCAUUGAAAGUCGCUUGGCUAAGCUUGAGGAUCAACUGGAUCGCUACCUCGACAUCCGUUCUGCGCAGGCCUUGAGGAAUUCACAGCUACCUGGCGUUGACUUUGCCCCCGCCAUGGAAUUCAAAUCGCUUGGUCCGUGCCGCAUGUUUGGAGGUCGUAUCUGGCCUACUGCAUUGGCUCGUCGUGUCCGACGCACACCCAGGGAGUAG